AUGGCGGAGGCCGACGGUCCCAGGUGGCUGCUGGAGGUGUGCGGGCAGAGGCUCUCACGGUUCCUCCACGAUGCUGAGCACAAGCACUUGGCCUGGCUGCAGGAGGUGGAGGAGCAGGGCCUGAGGAUGCUGGAUAGCAACUGUGGGGCUGAACCUCAGUUAAUGCCCAAAACACCAUCACAGCGGAGACGUCCCAAGAAAAGGCAGUCCUCCUGCCUGAAAGAUGAAAACAAGGAGCCAAAUAGGAGGAGGUUGUCCAGAAGAAGAAGCAGCAUCAAGUUGGUGUCUUCCAAACAAAGUUCCCAAAGGCGCCACAGCAAAGAGGAACCCCAGAACCCCAGCCGCCAGGGGAAGGAGGUGCCCGAGCCCAACUGUGCGGUGAGGUCUCAGGCUGCUGUUAAAGCCGAGCUCCCAGCACUGGCGGGGAAGUGGCCAGCAGAAGCAGGAGGUCCCGUGGCAAAGAGGGAUUGUCAGGACUGCCCUCAAGGUGCUGACAGCAGCGAUGCAGCCUGUCAGGCUGUUGUGGGGGAGCAGUUACCCAAGGGGAACACAGCCACUGAGCUGCACGAUGUGUCGUCAGUCUCCAAGAUCCAUGCUGGCCAGGCAGCAGGGGAGGGGGAGGAGGCCCCCAAAAGGAGAGUGAGUACCUCCACUCCCAAGGCUGCUAGAAAUAGAGAUCCUGCCAUGCUCCAAGGAGAUCUAUCUCCUCAAGGCCUUGAAAAGGUGCUUUUCCAGGACUCCAACAGCAAAACAACUACAGCGAGAUCCAAAAUGCGCCGUUGCUCUGGGUGCCGAAGCAUUGUGGGUGGCCCCCACAAGAGCCAUAGGGCCUCCUUGGCAGAAAAAUAUUCACUGGCCAGCAAAAGAGAGACCAUGAUCCGGAGGUCUAUCAGCAGGGCCAUUUCGAAGAAUGCAGCAGCUCGAGAAUCAUCCUCUGCCUCCAGCAGAGUGAGCUGUCAAAGCUCCUUGGAGGUUUUUGUGGAAGAUGAUGUGACCAGCAGCGUGAGACCUGGCCUGGAACUGAAUCCUCCAAGUGCAAAGGCUCCUGAAGACAUCCUCACUUCAAGCAAAGGUAUAGAAGCUGCCAGCUGUCCUGCACAGCACUUCUCUCCUCCUGAGCAGCAGACAGGGAACAACGAAGGAAGCUGCGUUAAUCCAAACAGCGAAUGCCAGAACGAGAACCAGGAACAACCCCACUGUGCCAAGUCCCAGGAGAAUCCCUCACGCAUCUGGACAAGAAGCUAUAAACAAGCAAUGGGUGUUCUAUGGAAUGGGCAGCAGCCAGGGGGUCGUGCCCUUUCCCCUUCACACGACAAGAACAAGAAUUCAUCAGACCAGACUCUACUUUCUUCCUCUCCAACUAGCAAGGUUGUUAGACCAUUUAAAAACUUCCUGCAGGCUGUGCAGCGAAACCAGCUGCUUGUGAGCCCGGGGCCCACAGGACAUGGAGGUGUCCUAAAGAGCUUCAUCAGACGCCAUACUCCAACACGACCUGAUCUGAAGGGAGACUUUGUUGAGAAGGAGCGGCAGAGACUGGAAAGCCUCAGGAAGAAGCAGGAGGCUGAGGAACAGAGGAAGAAGAAAGUGGAGGAAGAAAAGAGACGGCGGCAGGCAGAAAUGAAGCAGAAGAGGGAAGAACGUCUGAGGAAGGCACUGCAGGCUAGGGAGCGAGUGGAACAAAUGGAAGAAGAGAAGAAAAAACGGAUGGAGCAGAAGAUUUUGCAGAAUGAUGAGAAGGUGCGCCUCUCACAAGUGCGGGAAGAGAAAAUGGCAGAGGAGCGGAGCAAGAAAAAACUGUGGAAGAAGAAUGGGGAAGCUGAUGCAUGGAAGCAGAAAGCGCUGAGGGUGGAAGAUGGAUUUGAGCAGCAAGAACCACUGCAGAAAAGGAGAGAGGAUGAAGUGAAAGAAAAAGGAAAGAAAGUCUUGGAACCGAAAAAUCUUGUAGAUCAGCAACAGGUGGAACAAGUGAAGGAGAGGGAUCACAAACUGCAAGGGAAAGAGAAGGGCCCCCAGCCACCGCUGGAGUCAGCAGUGCUUACUGAAAGAAACGUAAAGGAGGAAGAUGGUCUGCAGGAGCCCCAGCAGCAGCUGGGAGAGGAGACAAAAAUCAAGCAGCCAGAAGCCUUGACUGCUGCCUGUGGCACAUGGCUGAGCAAAACUGUGAAGAAAUCUGUCUCCACGUCCUACUUGGGGCCCCCGAAGGGCACCAAGAAAUCCCGAUCCCCAAAGGUAAACGAGAAUAACUAUGGGAUGGACCUGAACAGCGAUGACUCCACAGAUGAUGAGAAUGAACCUCGGAAGCCUGUCCCUGCCUGGGCUGAUGGGUCUCAGCUUAACCAAGCUGUCAUACACCAAUACUAUCACCCAGUGAACGUUGACCAACUCUUUGGGCUGAUCCUGAGCCCUAAGCUGGAGGACAUCUUUGGCAAGAGCAAGCCGCGAUACUUCAAGCGCACAAGCUCAGCGGUUUGGCAGUCCCCGCCUGGGACCGAUUCUGCCUGUGGCCCAUCGUGCAACUCCAAACACUGA